GCCAAAAAGAGAUUAAAAGAGUAAGGAAUUUAGAGCUACACUCAUUGCUCAACAUGAUAGCAAGAUUAAUCAACGAUAGCAAACUUCUUUAUUAAGCUUGUUCCACAGAAAAACAUAUUAACAAAGACCAAAUCAUAUUACGUGUCCGUUUUAGUGGUUGACGAGCUGUUAAUUUUGGGGAGUUAAAAACAUAAAAUCUUAGACCAAGAGGGUAUUAUAUAUACGUUAGUCAAUAGAGAGGCAGAAGUAAACUUGUCUUGGACUAAAAAUUUCCAAAGCUGUCUCGCCAAGAUUCCUAUCAAAAGUUCAGCGUUUCAAAAGGUCAGAUUAGCUCCACAAGUAAUAUCAAUGGCGUUCAGUGGAUUAUUUUCAGAGCUCAUGAAAGGAAACUCCAGUUCUAACAGCGGCGGAACCAAUGGUUUACCGGUUAAGCCAAUCCAAACAAAGUUGCGGUCCAAAUACUCAUCAGACCUGAGUUCUUACACAUCCGCGUGUACAAAGUACUCAUCCCUCAAAACCUUUGAUUCAAUGAUUCACAAGCGAACCAAGAGCGUUUUCAGCUCGCUCGAUGCUCAGGCCAAGACUCAAUCUUUAAACCUAGAGUCAAUCAUGGAGGUCUACGGAUAUCUUCUCGAACUAAACCAAGAUACAGUAAGAGUCAUCAUUGAAAGCAAAGAAGCUGUUUUGAAGAACAAAGAUCUUAAGGAUUUGGUUGAUGUCUACUUCAAAAGUACUUCCAAGACCUUAGAUUUCUGCAAUACCGUCCAGAAAUGCGUCAAGAAAGCAGAGAUAAGCCAACUUGUCAUUCGACUCGCGGUGAAACAGUUCGAGACAGAAACGGAUGUUAGAGAGGGUAAGAAGAAGAAGUACGCGAAAACGUUGGAGGAGCUGAACAAAUUUAAAUCCUUGGGAGACCCUUUUGAUGGCGAGUUCUUGACGCAGUACGAGUCCAUCUACGAUGAACAGAUUUUGCUUUUGGACGAGUUGCGUAAGCUUAAAGUAAAGCUUGAUAAGAAACAGAGGAAUCUUAAGACGUGGAGGAUAGUGUCAAAUGUGGUUUUCGUGACUGCGUUUGUGGCUGCUUUCGUCUUAUCGGUGGUUGCGGCAGCGAUGGUAGCACCUCCGGUAUUGAGUGCUGUGGCGUCUGGAUUGACCACACCGAUUGAUGUUGUGGGAAUGUGGUGUAACAAUAUGUGGAAGGUAUACGAGAAGGCUGUGGAGAGACAGAGAGGUGUGGUUUCAUCGCUGGAGAGUGGGGCGCAAGCUAACAAUGAACUGAUGGUAAACAUAAAAUUCGAAGUUGAAAAACUAAGCGAAAGGAUCUCGUCGAUUCUGAUGACCAUAGACUUUGCGGUGGAGAGAGAAGAAGAUGAAAUGGCGAUGGGAUUAGCGAUGCAAGAUAUCAAAAAAAAGGUUGAAGGGUUUACUGCAAAAAUCAAGGAAGUUGGUGAAAGAGCGGACAACUGUAGCAAACUCAUCGCCUUGGGGAGACUUAUAGUCGUGGGACACAUUCUUGGUGUACACAUCGUAGAAACCGAAGCUCUAAGUAUUAUCAGCGGCGUUUAAGAACAUUGAUGUUGAGGAUCAAUGCUUUUAACUUGAGCUUUCAAGGUUCACUUAAUUCUGUUUGUGUGUGUUUUUGUUUCCUUUUUUUUUUCAUUCUCUUAACUUUUACAAUUAAUAAUGGACAAAUCAAAUUGAAAUUCACAUUCUAUCAAAAGCUGCAUAUUAUGUAAAAA